UGUUGGGAAUUCCCUAGCUCAGCGAUUUAAAUACCCAGCAAGGAGCGACUGAUAUUCAGAGCAGGCUUCAGGAGGCCACACUGCCUGUGCCGGUCCAUUUCCUGACUGCGACUCUCUCUGGGCUCUGUCUGCCGGGUCCUUCUGGGCUGCUCCGGGCAAAUCUGAGUCUCUGCAGCGUGUGAUGUGCCCCGGCCUUUGUUCCCCAAUUUUCCUGUUCCUUGUGUGGGGGGCUCAUUGGGGGCUCAUCACAGCCGAGUCGCCUGUCACUGCUCAGUUCGGGAGGGACGUCACCCUGAGCUGCCUCUUCCUGUCCCAGCCCGGGAUGAACAUCCAGCGCCUGACCGUCACCUGGCAGAAGGAGCGGGCGGGGGCAGAGGCCCUGGUGGUUCAUAGUCACUAUUACGGGAAGGACCAGCUGGGGAGACAGGACGAGGGGUAUAGGAACCGGACCCAGCUGGAUCCAGAGGUGCUGGCUCAGGGGAACGCGUCCCUGACACUGAGGGGUGUCCGCACGCAGGAUGAGGGCGUCUAUCGCUGCCACGUCACCUCGGAGCUGGGCACGACUUCGGAGAUGAGGCAGGUUACAGUGAUGGCACCCUACAGUGAGCCUCAUCUGACCAUUGACCCCUCAUUUCGGCUGGGCCACACCCUCUUGACCUUCAGCUCAGGGGGCGGGUACCCCCGGGCGAGCGUGGCGUGGAGGGACGGGAUGGGAACCAACCUGACGGAGCUCAGCAGUACCACAGAGUCCGUGGACGCCUGGGGCCUUUACACCCUGCGCAGCGAGCUGGCCGUGCCCGCAGGGCAGAGCACCAACCUCACCGUGCUCCUGGUGACAGCACCUGGGCGGGAGACCCCCGUGCAGCACAUCACAGUGGCAGCAGGACCCGGGCAGAGAUGCAGCUGGGACUGGCUGCUGGUGGCCUGUCUGGGCGCCAUGAUCCUGUCUGUGAUGGUGGCUACAAGGAUCCUUUGGCUUCCCAGCCGUGGGACUUGCGGACGCUGCUCAGAGAGUUGCCUCACCAAGACAAUGGAUGUGGAGGACCCUUCACCCCAGAGCUAGCUGGGCCCUGGCGCCUGCCCAGCCCUGGGUACACCCACCCUCGGCCUCGGGGCUGAUCUCCCGGCAGCUCCCUCACUUUCACACCAAAGCUCUGUAGCCGGGAGCCACUAGAAUCGAUGGCCGCACUUUAUAGCAAGAAUGUCGCAGUUCUAUGGGCAGCACAGAGCCACUACACCAGGGCUUGCUCCUGUCUCUGACCCUUGUGACGGGAGAGCUCCCUGAGAGACGGGGACUGACCCAUGUCAAUACAACAGGAUUGGGGAACUGUUCCCAGAAAUCCUCUGUAUGUGUUCGGUUCCAUUGGCUGGAGCACCCCUACCCCUCAUGCACAGGGCUCCAGCAGCCUCCCCUGCUCCCCAGAGGGCAGAUGUGACUAUUUAUUUUGACUAUUUAUUUAUGAUGUUUUAAAAUCUUGUGAUUUCGAAGCCCAUCUCGUGAUUUCCAGAACCUGCCUUAUGUGUUUCAGAGGAGUGGGAUCGGCUGGGGUGGGUGGCAGGAGCUUACGGGAUUUGGUGACAGUCAGGAAGUUAUUGCUCAUAAUGUGCAGCUAUUGGUGUCACUUAUUUAUUUCCGCUGGUAGACGGAGCGAUUUUCUUCAAAAGAAACAAGACUUUCAAAAAUGUGUAUUUUUAACACUGUUGCAUGUUCUUUAAAAGAAACAAAGAAAAAUGUAUUUGUAACCUAUGACGUUACUGACAUAAACUGUGACCGUGUAGAUCAUUGUUGCAACCACUGUUCUAUAUUUGCAGCAAAUAUUGUACAGAGGUUGUGUGAGGUGUCUACAAAGAAGUUAUAAUUUGCUGGUUAUGAUUACGUUAGCUGUACGUGUGUCAUUUGUGUAGCUGACGUUAUGAAUAUUGGCUCUAUAGUUGUAUAUCAAUGUGUUUGAUUCGAAGUAGCCUCAAUGAAGCAUUUGGUUAGUUUCUUGAGAAGGGGCGAUUCUCAGUAAGUGCCCAGUCUAGAAACACUUAACUGACAAUGGACUUUGGGAGACGCCAAUCCACAUCUGAGCUUUCCUGGAAACAGUCAAACUAACAUAUAAACAAUGGCAUCGGCCUGCAAACUGAGCCAUGCACGGACAUGUGACUUGCCCAUGUGACUCCAAGCUCCAUCUUGCUGCUGUAAUUUUCCACAGUAAGAACAAAGGGGUGUCCUUCCACCUGGAAGGGACUAUACAAGGCAGCUGCCUCAUCUCCAUUUUAUCUUCAAUCCUGCUUCUUACCUCUGGAGGAAUCUUGCUCCAAACUGAAGCUGUGAACAAAGGACUGAGUGACCCAUCCCAGCAGGGGAUGUACUCCAGAGACUUGAUUUGAACCUGCAGUUUAUUCUAUCACUGCUACAAGCCUGAACCAAGAACUUUGCCAUUAU